GAAGAGGAAGAUGAUCCGAAGGGCGAAGGAUCCUCUCGCAUUUCCUGUGUGGUGAAUCGAUAACGAACCUGUGAAAUAUCAAGACUCGAAAACAAACAUCGGCGAGAAUUAGACGAAAAAUUUUGCUCCAAUUUUUGCUCCUAGCUCGUCAUUGAAUCCACAACCCGCAUUUUUCCUGGAAUCUUUGACACGGGUGUAUCCGUGCCCGACCAUGACACGAAUCUCUGCAAUUUCUCGGCGAAGGACGCAAUUUUCAUAACAGGUUCACCAUCGGCUUCACAACGGCAACGCUGCCGACACUUCACUCCGCCCCUCGCUCGUAAACACGCUGGGAUCCUCGUCGCUCCGUUCGCGCGUCUGGCUUCCCCCGUCGACUGGAGGCUCUCGCCUUCCCGCUGAGGUUUCGCUUCAUUCUCAGAGUGCUGCUCGAGGAGGAUGGUCCCCGUUCUCGGAUACUGGAAUUGCCGCGGAAGGGCCCAGCCCAUGCGAAAUCUCCUCAUCUACACGGGAGUGGAAUGGGAAGACAAACUCUACCGGCUGGAACCACUUGAUGGCCCUGGGAGGCAAGCCUGGGCCGACGACAAGAAGGAUGGACUUGGACUCCAUUUCCCCAAUCUGCCGUACUACUUGGACGGGGAGGUGAAGCUGUCGCAGUCGCUGGCCAUCCUCCGCCAUCUGGGAAGGAAGCACGGCCUCUACGGGGAGACGGAGGAGGAGCAGUGUCGACAGGACAUGGCCGAACAGCAAUACGUGGAUCUCAUGAUGGGCAUGGCUCAUGCCACGCAGGAAACGAAGGCCAAGUAUCUUAAGGAGACUCUCCCGCCGCAUUUGGAGCUCUUCACGAAGUUCAUCGGCGAUCGCAGCUGGCUCGUCGGCGAUCGGCUGACAUACGUGGACUUCCUGUGGUACGAAGCCCUGGACUGGCAGCUGUUUCUCGAUCCGGCGUGUUUCGAGGACUUCCCGGUCGUCAGCGACUUCGUGGACCGAUUCGAGAACCUGCCGAACAUCAAGGAAUAUUUGGAGUCGGACGAGUUCCAGAAGUGGCCCCUCUUCGGGCCCGGGACCCGAUGGGGAUACAAGAAGGAAGACAUGAGGCUCCGAUUCCCCGAGGUCGGAGAGGCAAUAAUCAGGAGUACCAACCAAAAGCGUGUGAAAAAGGCCUCGUCUAAAGGAACGACACAGCGAGGAUCGAGGGCGUCCCAGGCGUUCCAGGCGUCCCAGGCGUCCCAGGCAUCCCAGGCGUUCCAGGCGUCCCAGGCAUCCCAGGCGUCCCAGGCAUCCCAGGCGUCCCAGGCGUCCCAGGCGUCCCAGGCGUCCCAGGCAUCCCAGGCGUCCCAGGCGUCCCAGGCAUCCCAGGCGUCCCAGGCAUCCCAGGCGUCCCAGAAACGGUUUCGACCCUUCACAAUUUAA